AUGUCUAUGUCGGUAUCCGUCGACUCGGCCACAUUUGCAGUCUGGUCUGGUCAGUUCAACUGCCGGUCGGCCUGGCGCUUUGAAGGGUCAAUGGUCAGUGCAUGCUGUCCCUCCCAGGCCUGUUCUCUUGGGAUUUCGGGCUGGAGCUUUCGAACUCUCCGCCGAAGCAGACCAGUUGAGACCAGACACCAUUUGCCUUCAAUUUUCUCCAAGAGAAGUGGCUGCGUUGCCCGACCAUCGGCAUGGGGGCGUGUCCCAGAGGUUCAAUGUCAAGUUCCGUUCACGCCUUGCCGCCAGCAGUUCAUCAUUCCCCGAGGAAGGAGCGAACACAUGGCUAAGAGCAGGCUCAUCUCAUUUGCAUCAUUCAGUUGGCCUCACCGGCUUCGUUUUCUCAACGCUCUACGGAGGACAGAGUAA